AUUGAAAGCAAAGCGAGAAUGUUUGCUUUGGUGAUGUAGCUUUGUGGGAAACGAAGAGAAUAAGAACAGUGACGGAGGAUUCAUGGCUACGGGUUCGGGUUUGGUAUCGGAUUCGGGUUCGCCGGAGGAACUGACGCUGAUAGUGAAAUGGAGCGGCAAGGAGUACACGGUUCGUGUCUGCGGCGACGACACGGUGGGUGAACUGAAACGGCGAAUCUGCGAACUGACGAACGUGUUACCCCCUCGCCAGAAGCUGCUGUACCCGAAACUCGGUUCCAAACUCAACGAUGAUUCGCUCUUUCUCUCUCAACUCCCUCUCAAUUCCUCGCUCAAGAUGACCAUGAUCGGUACUACGGAGGAGGACUUGCUUCUGGAUCCAGUGGAUUCCCCUGAGAUUCUCGACGAUUUGGAACUGCCUAAGGAGGAAGCUGUUGAAAUCAAAGACAUGGAAGUCAACAAGCGAAAAUUGACCAGACGAAUUAAUCAACUCAAGAUUGAGCUUCGAAAUCCGUGUCGCAAAGGAAAGAAACUGCUUGUUCUGGAUAUUGAUUACACUCUCUUCGAUCAUCGCUCCACCGCUGAGAACCCCCUUCAGCUCAUGAGACCUUACCUUCACGAGUUUCUUACAUCUGUAUAUGCAGAGUAUGACAUUAUGAUAUGGUCUGCAACCAGCAUGAAGUGGAUUAUCCUCAAGAUGGGACAACUUGGGGUUCUGGAUAAUCCUAACUACAAAAUCACCGCACUUCUUGACCACAUGGGAAUGAUCACUGUUCAGUCUUCUUCUCGUGGGGUCUUUGAGUGCAAGCCUCUUGGUUUGAUCUGGGCACAGUUCCCUGAGUUCUACAGUGCUUCAAAUACCAUCAUGUUUGAUGAUCUUAAAAGAAAUUUUGUGAUGAACCCACAAAAUGGUUUGACGAUCAAACCAUUCAGGAAGGCUCAUGCAAACCGAGACAGUGAUCAGGAGCUUGUGAAACUUACUCAAUACUUACUAGCCAUUGCAGAGUUUGAUGACUUGAGCAACCUUGAUCACUAUAAUUGGGAGUUAUUCACAGAGGACAGUGCUAAAAGGCGUAGGCACAGAUAAAUAAUAACUAGAUGCAGUAAUGAUAAUCUGGUAAGCAAGAUGCAGCUUCUAGACUUUAUGAAAUUCUUUAGUUUAUAAAAGACACUGUGGAUUUCAUCAUUUAAUAUCAAGUAUUUGUGUUAGGAUCGGGCGAAUGACAAAAAUGAAAGGUUUUGUUGUCGCAGCUGUACGGAGUUAUCUUAGAUGUCUAAUAUUUUGCUCAUGCAACUUCUAUCUAGCAAUUCCUAAUGAAAAUUUGAUUUGAUAAGUGAAAA